AUGGCACUGCCCGAGCUACCGGAGGGCUUGGACCCCUUGCUCCUGGAGGCGGAGCUUGAGGAGCGCCUGCGGCAGCACGAGGUGCAACGUCUCGUGCACGCUGGGGAUGACAGCGCAGCACAGCAGCAGAUGCGGGUGCCGGGAAAGGAGGGUGAAAAGCAAAGCUUCGCCUCCUUGGCAAACCAAGCUUAUCGAUCGAUGAUGAAGAUGUUGGAGAGCUCCAACUUUCCUGAUGCACCGCGGGUAGAUGUCCUCAUGAGGAUCAAUGCCAUCUUCAUGUUCUUGGCCACCUGCGUAUGUUGGAGCCUGCCAGAGCCAGACGAGCGAUUAGAGGAAGUCCUCUCAUGGCUCAUGGGGGCACAAGGCCUACAAGAUGUCAUCAAAGAGUGGCAUGCCGAUUGCAAACUCCGCAAGGGGAGGGAUAUGUCAGCAGAUGGCAAAGUCCGAUUGCAGGCUGCCUUCGAUGCCUUGUUGGAGGUUGCCCAACAGAUGUCCCAAAACGCGAUCGUGGAGCCGGACGUGGCGGAUCCACUUCGCCCAGCGCCAGGGGACCCUCGGAAGCUGGUGGCGCUCUUCGCGAAGCCACGCCUCAAGGAGGCAGAUGUUCCUUCGGACCUUUUUGGCGCGCCCCAAGCGACCGGUGCACUGCUGCAGUUCUCCCUGCAGGGCUGUACGGCCAUGUUGGCAGAGCUCCGUGCAGCCUACGCGGAGCCAGACUUUCACCGAGAGUACAUGAAGCUUCGAAACUCACCUUCAGCUCAUGGUCAGCAUGUGGAGUUUACCCUCCAAAGGCAGGCAAAAGUCUUGGAGAAGUAUGGUUUCGAGCCAUCGCUGCGUGGUGUCAUCGAGAUGAGGGCGCAGACCAGGGCUUGCACUUGGGAUGCCGUGAUCCUCAAGCUGUUGCGAGAUAUCCAUGCAUUGCUGGAGGCCAGGAAACCUUUGCCCAAGCGGAUGCCCUGGAGCUUCCAGUCUGGCUGGCGGCCGGGAGUCUUGAUGCCAGGUGCUUCAAAGGUGCAACUGGUGCAGAGCAGCUGGGACACUGGCGAACGGAUGACGGCGGUCGAAGCGCCCCAAGUGGAGGCGGAUUUCGGCUUCCAGGGCCCUGUCAUGGAGGUCGACUUGGACCUACCUGAGCAGGAGAUCCUGGGAUUCGGCGCUGCUUUCACCGAAGCCAGCGCCUUGGUCUUCCAGGGCCUGGCGCCUUACCUGCAGCACGAGCUGCUGGACCUCUACUUCGGAGAGGACGGCAUUGGCUUCACCCUGGGCCGUGUACAUAUCAACAGCUGUGAUUUUUCCUUGGGGAACUAUUGCUUUGACCCCGUGGAGGACGAUUUCGACCUGGAACACUUCGACCUCCAGGCCACCCGCGACGGCAAGGCGCUGAUCCCCUUGAUCCGCGACGCGACCGCGCGGGUGGACACCGCGGGGGGCGCAGGCGCUCGGGAGCUGCGGCUGGUGGCGAGUCCUUGGAGUCCUCCGGCGUGGAUGAAGAGCGGGAAGAAGAUGAACGGCUCAGAGAAGCCCGGGCUGAGAGCUGAGUGCCAGGAGGUCUGGGCUGGAUACAUUGCCAAGUGGAUCACGGCCUACCGCCGGCAACACGUGAAGAUCUGGGCGGUGACCGUGCAAAACGAACCGGAACACAAUGCCCCUUGGGAGGCCUGCUGCUACACAGCCCAGGAGGAGGCAGACUUUGUGGCGAAGCACUUGGGUCCGACCCUGCGAGCGAUGCAUCCGGAUGUGGGCAUCUUUGUGUAUGACCACAACAAGGAUCACAUCUACGAAUGGGCCCGUGAAUCUUUGAGUCACCCACAAGCGCGACCCUUCAUACGUGGGGUGGCCUUUCACUGGUAUGCGGGCGACCACUUCGAGAAGCUUCGGAAGACCCACGAGGAAUUCCCGGAGGCCAUUCUACUGUCCACCGAGGCUUGCUAUGAGCGGCAUCGCUGGCGGCCCGGCACGCAGAUUUCUGAGGGCGAUUGGAGCUUCGGGGAAGGCUAUGCUCAUGACAUCAUGGGCAACCUGAACGCGGGCGCCGUGGGGUGGAUCGACUGGAACAUGCUUCUGGACGACACGGGGGGCCCGAACCACGUGGGGAAUGUGUGUGAUGCACCGAUGAUGGCAAGCGUCACGGACCAGGAGCUGCACCUGCAUCCACAAUUUUUCUUCUUGGGCCAUUUCUCCAAAUACAUUCCUCCAGGCUCAAAACGCCUUUGCUCCCGCGUCCUGGGCACACCCAGCUGUACCAGCUCAUCCCGCGGCUAUGGCACCUGCACCGCGCAGGAUGGCCUACAGGGCUGCGCCUUCCGACGCCCGGACGGUGCUGUCGUCCUGGUGCUGCUGAACGCUGCCAACCUCUUCGUGAACUUCCAACUGCGGCUCCGCAAUGGUCCCGAUGCUCCGAUCCGGGCGCUCCGGGCGUCGAUUCCGGCACGCUCGGUGCAGACGUACUUGCUGCCGCAUUCGGAGGAGAGACAGAAAAAGGAAUGCGCUGAAAGGAGCUGUGAGGGUCAUGGAAAAGAGGGGCUUUUUCCAGAAGACCAAGCUCCUGCGACUCUAGCGCAGGCGCUCCGCGGCAUGGCGGAGCUCGCCCGGGCGCUGAGGGCCACUCCCGAGGCCAACUCAUUGCUCAUUGGCCUCUUCCAGAAGCUCAGCAAAGGUUGGGAGCAACUCUUCUGGUGUGCAGCCUCGAAGCAGUCGCCAGCACACCAAGCAGCUACCUAUGCCAAUUCCAUCUUGGUGGAGCUCGUGGGGGGUGCUCGGCCAGCUCAGCAGGGCCAGAAGGCGCAGAAGAAACGGAAAAAGUCAGAACACCCGCCAGCAGCGCUUCCCUUGGAGGAUGACACCAGGUUGGCCAUCCUUGGCAGCCUUCAGGCAAGCAAGGCCUUUCAGAGAGUGCCUGGCAAUCUGAAGCGACAGUGGCAACAGGCUCUUCUAUCUCCUUUGUCACCGAGUGGGAUCCGCUUGUGCUGCCAUAGACUCAUCAAGAGACUCAGUGAGGGCAUGCCUGCAAGAGAGGUAUGUGCGCAGCUGGAACCCUUGGCCCUGCACAACCAGGCGCCCGACGAAGUGAUCAUGGCGGUGAUCUUCCAGCAAUUCCUUUGCAGCUACAUCGCGCCGCCAGGCUCCAAUCCGGUGAGCUUCUCCUUGGGAGCCUUCAAAAGUGCCAUGGGCCUUCCGGAGUCGCCUGCAGAGUGGGAAGACAUGGUCCUACAAGUGCCGCUGCUUGAGGAGGAGGAGCGGAACCUUUGGCGCCAGAGAUUGUGGUCCACCGCCUCACAGCUGAUCCGGCGCACCUGGCCGGAAGCUGCUGAGAAGCUGGUGACGGGAGAGGACUUUUCCGCUGCAGAGGUCUUUUCCGGCGGGGAGGAGGGCCCUGGAUCCAUGGUGAGGUCCCUCGCCUUCGCUGGCUGCUUCAGUGACGGAUCUUUAUUGGUCCUACGGCUGCUGCAAUGGUGGGAGCACGUGAUGUCAACAAGCCCUUCCUCGGCCAAAGGCAAGAAGAAGUCAGUUUGCCAAUGUUUGGUGGGCUUGGAGGAGGAGGAUGAGUCGCUGCGGAAACUUUCGCUGGAGUUGUGCAAUUCGGUCAUGGAGAUGGAGCCUGGCAAGAAAGCAGUGUCGGCGAGGCAGAAGAACGCCGUUUGCAGUUUGCCCUUGUCUGUCUCGUUGGCCUUCCUGACUGACUCAGCACCGCCGAAUGCCAAAGAAGUCAUGUCAGAGUUGUUGAGCAUCGUGAAGAGCCUGACCUCCAAGGCGAAAGAGCCCAAACCGAAGAGGCACUUGCAGGAAACGAUGGCAGGCAUUCCGCCAAUCGCCGCUGAGCUCUAUGUGGGAGACUCCAUGGGCAUCAUUCGAGAGGCCUGCAAGAUCGCAUGGCGAGAGCUCGCCUUAUAUGCAGCGGAUGAGACCGUCCAGAGUCUUUGCUCUUCGGUGUGUGGAGCUCCUAUAGAGGAGACGGAUGAGCCGGUGGACGAGCCUGAGAUGGAUGAUGAUGAAGAGGAUGAAGGAGAUGCGGAUCCAGAUGGAUCUCGAAAGGCCGUCUUUGAUCAAGCCAUUGCCGCGAUGAAGGAGAAGAAUGCCAAGGCCAAGCCUGAAGAGGAUGAGGACGAAGAGGAGGAGGAUGUGACAACUCUAGACCACUCUGGUGUCCUCUCACAGCUCCUCGAUGACGGUGGUGGCGAGUUGAUGAACUCCUUCGCAGGCUCCAGACUGGAGGGUGCCAGCAACGAGAAGAAGAAGACCCUAACCAAAAGGCAACAGAAGCAGCGGGAGAUGCAAGACGACUUCGUCCGACGCUUGCGAGAGGCCGAGCUGAUGGAGUCCUUCUUGACACGCUCAGGGCACAAGCGUCCAGUGAGUUUGGAGGUGGUAGAGAAGCUUCUGAGCGCCAUGGUCGACUUGAGACACAAGGCGAAGGUGAAUCGCCAGGCGGGUUUGGGCAAGAGUCACGGACAAGAGAUCCUUCUCUUCAUGGCCGUUGGCAAGCCGAACACCCGCUCGGUUUGUUUUGACAUUUGGGUGUGGUUGGUGCUUUGGGACGUAGAAGUGCAACCCAGAGAGGCGUUUGCUGGAUGUUCUAUACAUGGUUUUUGCGUGGGCCGAAGGUUGGUCGCGAGGUACCAUUCCAGGUGCCUUUCCUCAUUCGCCAGUUGCAUAUGCGACACUUUGAGAGUAGUUCUCCUCCGGCACUUGCGCUGGACAGCGGACGGGUUGUAG